GUCCGGCUGAAGUUCCCAUGAUGUCCCCAAAUGGAUCAAUCCCACCAAUUCACGUACCUCCAGGAUACAUUUCACAGGUGCUUGAGGAUACCACAGGGGUCCGGCGAGUGGUGGUGACUCCCCAAUCUCCAGAGUGCUACCCUGCUUCAUAUUCUCCAGCACUGUCCCCCACACACCACCUGCCCCCAUACCUGGCUCACCCUCACUUCAUCCCCAACUCUCACUCUUUCUACCCCCCAGUCAGCCCAGGGGAAAUGCCACCUCACCAGUACUACCAGCACCACCUGCCCCCCAUGUACGGUGAUCCAGAAAUUAUUUCUGUUUAUGGGAUGUCAAACUACAUAGGCAGAGAGGAGGCGUACUGCAAGCCCCAGCCCAAAAAGAUAAAGGAACAGAGACAACUUGAACGACAGAACCGACUCAACUCUCCUCCCUCCACUCUCUAUAAAGGCAGUCUGGGACCAUCACACAAUGGAUACAGCAACAAAUCACACGCCUCAUCACUCGGUUCAGGGGGCGGAGCCAGCAGUCCAGGGGGCAAGAAGCCAGAAAGACGACUCCGCUGCAGUCCGCGAAACAGUGAGCCAGAAACACUCACACAAGAGUUUAGACCAUGA